UAAUGAAGACACUCAGUUACUGAACUAAAAUAUUCCGUUCAAUAAUCAUUAUGCGAAUAUAUAUUCUCAGUUAUUUAUUCAGUUAUGUAAACUGUCGUUCAUGUUCAAGAAAACACAUAUUUCUUUGUAACAUUAUGCUUAUUAUAACUUGGCUAUUAGCUAUUCGGUUAUUGAUUACAUUUUAUAUGCAAGAGAAUUAUCAAUUAUUUCAUUAUCCUCCAAAUAUUAAUUUGUAUCAGAUUUAUGAAAAAGAAAAAUUACAAAUUAAUUCAAGUUUACCACCAUUAUGGAAAAUAACGUUUCCUGUAUCUUCUAAUUAUACAGAACAAUGUCUAAUUAAACAUUAUAAAUGCAAUAAUAAUAAUAAUGAUUCCUUAUUAUUUCAGUCGUCAAAAUGUCAAACUCUUGAUAUACUAUUAGUCAUUCGAUCACAUGUAAAUAAUUUCAAUCAACGAGAUGCUAUUCGUCAAACAUGGGGAAAUCAACAAUGUUAUGAAAAUUUUGGUGUGUUUAUUCGUAUUCUAUUUAUUUUAGGCAAACAAGACGACAAUAAUGAUAAUGUAUUAAAUUAUUUUAUACAAAAUAAAAAUAUUCAUUAUGACAAUAGUGUGGGUAACAUUGGAGUAUUACAAAUGUUACACUAUGAGCAUUUUAUACAUCGUGAUAUUAUACAAUUUGACUUUAUUGAUAAUGAUUCUAAUUUAUUGAAUAAAUGGAUUGGUAGUAUUGAUUUUAUUGUAAAAUAUUGUAUGAUUACUGAAAAAUCUUUUACUCUAUUUCUAGAUGAUGAUACUUUUUUACAUCCAAUAAAUUUAAUACAAUUAUUACGUCGUAUUACACUUAGUCAAUAUAGAAUUUAUGCAUCCGGUCAUGUAAAACGUAUCUCUUAUCCAGUACGUAUCCCGUUCUUGCCUAAAUAUAUGUCAUUAUCAAAUUAUCCAUUCUGUAUAAAUCCACCAUAUAUAAUUAGUGGAACAAUUAUAUUAAGUAUGCCUGUUGUUCAAUUAUUACGUGUUGGAUUUAAAUAUGUUACAAAUAUUCCAUAUGAUGAUAUCCUAUUAGGAAUGAUACUAUUAAAAUUUGGUAUUAGUCCUAUUCAUUUAAAAAAUAUUUACACAGAACAUAGUUUAGAUAAGCAAACCCUUAAACAAUUACAAUUUAUCAGUAUUCAUGGUUACAAAGAUCCUUCAAUGAUUCACUCGUUGUGGUCAACUUUAAAUAUGAAUUAUGCUUGUAAAAUAAAACUAAAGAACUAAUCAAAAAAUAUCUAAGAUAUUUUAUGCUCUUUUUUAUUCGUGAAGCUAUACAAACUGACAAAGUUUUUCUUAUUAUUUACUUUUAGCUAGUUCCGUGAUUAAAAGUGACAGAUGAACAAAUAACUUUUUAAUGAAGAUUAGUUUUUUAAUGCACUAUUUUAUGGGUUUAUAGUCCUUUCAUAUGUAUGGCAAACAUGAUAUCGGUUACUACUCAAUUCUAUAGAAAAUCAGUAGCGGGUCGAAUAGCUCAGUUGUGACGUCUCAGAUUGUGUACAACAAGGGGUAUGGAGAAAUAAUCAUCU